AUUUGUCAAAGGAUGAUAUAGAGGCGAAUAGCAUUCGUUUCAUGCGUCUUGUUCUGGCGGAUUGAUGGACUUGAACUUCUAACCUGAUUCUUUCUUCUGAACUCAAACAAAUCCUAAAUAUACAAGGUUACUCCAAGGGUGUCGAAAGUGACUCAACAUGCCUAAAGCAGCAGCAUCUCGCUCCGUCGCUGCCCGCCGGCACAAUCCUCUCGCCGAGGACAUGUUAACCCCAGCUGGUCACUUAAGAACCCAAGCAAGCAAAAAGGCUAAUCGCAAAUCCCGUCAAGAUGAGGAACAAGAAGAUGGUGAAAGAUUCGUUGAUGCGAAAAUGUCUCGCAAGAUCCUGCGCAUCGGGCAGGAAUUGGCAGAGGAGGAUGCCGCGGAGCAAAAACUCUCGAUGGGCGCAACAACAGACAAGACGAACACUGCCUUCGACUUUGAGUCUCGGCUAGAAGACGAAGAAUUCCUGUCAGAUGACGAGAGGUUUCAAAAUGAGCAAUGGGACGAUGUGGAGGAAGUUGAAGAAGUGGAAGUUGAUCCUAACGAUCUUGACAUGUUUCACAAGUUCGUUCCCGGUGGGGAUGAGGAUCCGAUAUUCAACCCUCGUGCACCGGGGGCCGAGGGCCAGACAACAAAUCUGGCGGAUUUGAUCCUUGAAAAGAUCGCAGAACAUGAAGCCAGACAGGCUGGCGAAGGUGGGCCGUACAUUCAAGGCGGAGGGUUGGCGGAAGAUGCUGUUCAGAUCCCCGCAAAGGCGGUUGAGGUUUACGAGAAAGUCGGUAUGAUUCUCUCUCGCUACAAGUCAGGCCCCCUUCCGAAACCUUUCAAGAUUCUCCCCUCUGUACCCAACUGGCCGACUCUUCUCUCGAUCACGCGCCCAGAAUCCUGGUCUGCCAACGCUGUUUAUGCCGGUACAAGAAUCUUCAUCUCCUCUAAGCCUGCAGUUGCACAGGAGUUUAUCUCGACGGUACUGCUCGAUCGUGUCCGUGAGGAAAUACAUGAGACCAAGAAGCUCAAUGUCCAUACCUACAAUGCAAUGAAGAAAGCACUCUACAAGCCCGCUUGCUUCUUCAAGGGACUGCUGUUUCCCCUAGUUUCCAGCGGAACAUGUACUCUUCGCGAAGCCCAUAUUGUCUCCUCCGUCAUUGCUCGAGUCUCAAUUCCGGUCCUGCAUUCGGCUGCGGCUCUGCUUCGUAUGUGCGACCUUGCCGCGGAACAAUCCCUGCGAUCUCUGGAGAGUACUGGUGCGGUCAAUGUCUUCAUUCGCAUUUUUUUGGAGAAGAAGUACGCACUUCCAUACAAGGUUAUUGAUGCGCUUGUCUUUCACUUCCUGCGUUUCCGCGCGAACGACAGUGCAGACGAGUCAAUGAUGACAGAUGGGCCAUCCCGUGACGCUAAGGCCUACAAGCUUCCUGUCUUGUGGCACCAGUCAUUGCUGGUGUUCGCUCAACGCUACCGUAACGAUAUCACCGAGGAUCAACGAGAGGCUCUCCUUGACUUGCUCUUGGUUCAAGGGCACAAGGACAUUGGACCCGAGGUUAGGCGCGAAUUGCUCGCCGGUAGAGGAAGAGGGGUCGUUCUACCUGAUUCUGAACGGCAAGGUGCAGUCGAUGCCGGUGAUGAUACGAUGGAUGUCACAUUAUAGUCUUAUCGCCACGAAAUCAUGUGUCGGGAAUGGCUCAUCCCCUUCCUUGCAUUUAGCUGUGAUAUGAUCAGGGUCGUGACUGGCAUUGGCGUUAUUUGGGGCAGUCGAAUUUGCGCAUAUUUUUGUUCUUCUUUUUUGUUUGCUCCCGGUUCUUAGAGACAUGAACUUUUCCGAUAUUCACGAAAUCAUAUUCAGUUUUUAAUUCAUCAAUGUGACAAAGCUACAUACACGUUGUAAAUAAGGUAAUCAUUUCAGUAGACAUAAUUCAAUGUGAAGAACCAUGUAAAUGUUGCAAAUUAACUACACGACCAGAGC